AUGGUGGCUACAACAACUCUAGAAUCAUGUGCAUACUACUGCUAUGUGCCAAGCAUGGCAGUUGCAGCUAUGUUCGCAGCAAUUUUCGUCCAGUCAACACUUCUACACACAUAUCAAAUUUCGCGAUCAAAGACCAAGUUCUUCAUCCCCAUUGCAGUUGGAGGCUUACUCGAAGCAAUCGGUUAUGCGUGCCGCUUAAUCUCACACUUCGAAUCACCAACUUUCUCGGUUAUUCCUUUCGGCAUUCAAUACACCUGUAUUCUCGUGUCUCCAACCAUCAUGGCAGCAGCAGUCUACAUGUACUAUGAGCAUCUCGUCAAAGCCGUCGGCGGUGAACCACAAUCUCAAAUUCGCCUAAGCAGAUUCCAAAAGAUCUUCCUCUUUUUCGAUUGUUUCUCCGUCAUCAUCCUCAUCGUCGGUUCCAUCUUUCGCCUCAUGACUAAUUUGCCUGUCAGUUGGAUCAGACUGGGUAACAGACUUGUCAUGAUGGGUUUGGGCGAACAACUAGUCUUCCUUGCCAUCUUUGUCUUCACAGUCGCGAAGUUCCAAUACAAUAUUUCGCAGAAUCCCACAGAGCGCAUCACCAGAACCGUAUUCCUGAUUAUCUUCGACGGAGUGUUGAUGCUUAACAUGAUGUUGCUCUUUCACUAUAUUCAUCCCAGUGAGAUCGCCGCAUUCGAAACCUUCUACGCCAGUAACGGAGCUGAUACUUCCCGUCCUUACUUUGCGGGAAUGAAGGUUUGGCAGGGAAAGAGAUUAAGUCGGGAUGGUAUGAUGGAGGUCUAG